AUGUGGCCGAGACUAUUCCCCGGCCUGUUAUACAAGGGAAAGAGCUUUACCCACGAGUGGAUGCAAUUAGCCCUAAAUUGCCCACCCCUUUCCAGCGCAUGGCUUCACUCAGGCGCAGAGCACCUUCUCAUCCGGCGGAGAGCAUCUGGAGGGGCCGAAUGUUCUACGACUGGGAAGGAUAUUUAUGAGUUGCUUCUUAUGCGGCAAGAAACUCUUACAGCGUUGAAGGAUGUUGUUAAUGACGGCUGUCCUGCCAAGAUCACGGAUGAAAUUGUCAUGGCUGCUUUUGCUUUGGCGUUACAUCCACACGAGCGAGACCAAGACGCAAGCUCUCGGAUGAAAAUGGCCCCUCUCUCAAACCUGCAGUGGUUGACCCGGUUCACUGACAUUGUGAUUAUGGACGGCCAUGUUCGAGGAUUACGCUAUCUUGUGCAAGCGAGAGGCGGAUUUGAAAAGCUCAAGAUGCCAGGGCUUUCCGAAGGAUUGUCCACUUGGGAUCUUAUCACAGCUAGUAAAUUUCUGGCAAGACCUUACUGGCCGCUUCUGACAAACAUUCAGCUUGACAGUGCUGCUGAGUUCUUGGCCAAGUUUGAAUACACCGACUCUGUGACUGGUAAUUUACAUUGUCUUCUCUAUACAACGUUUCCCCAGCCCGUGAUGUGGGUAUUCCAUGCCCUCCGUGGAUACAGUUCUUUAUUGGAAGGGUAUGCCGUUGGACGGGUCUUUAAUCUCGAUCUGGGAUAUGUACUCAAAUUGCGAAACCUGCUCCAUUACCACGUGUUGUCUAUUCCUGCUGCUACAUUUGCAGAUACUGGAACUGUGUCACAUAUAUACGAGUCACUUCGAUUGACGCUGAUCGUCUACAGCAUGCUUGUCUUAUUUCCCGUCCCCUUGAUGACAAGUCCGUACCCAACUUUGGCGGGUCUCCUACGAUAUGAAUUGGAAUCUAUCCGUGAUGAGGUGUGGACUGCGAUGUCCUCACUACUACUAUGGAGUUUGACGCUAGGUGGAAUCGCGGCCCUUGAUACACCACUCGGCCCUUGCGGUAUUGAGGGUCGGAUCCUGUGGAAGGAAGCUCAAGAGUGUGGUCAUCAACUCCUUGCCGAACACUACCCUACUUAG